AUGAGUAGAAAGAAGGUGAAACUUCAAUACAUAAUCAAUCAAUCAAGCAGGAAGGCAUCAUACAACAAAAGAAAGACAUGUUUAUUGAAGAAGGUUAAGGAAAUUAGCAUCCUUUGUGGGAUAGAAGCAUGUGUAAUAAUCUAUGGUGAAAACAGUGCUCAACCGGAGGUUUGGCCACCUGGUCCAGGAACACUAAACGUGGUACACAAAUUUUGGGGUGUACCUGAAUUCGAACGAAGCAAAAAGACAAUGGAUUUGGAGGGUUUCUUGAAGCAAAGCAUAGAGAAAUCGCGAGAGCAGUUGAGAAAACAAAUUUUGGAGAACAAGAAGAAGAGAUUUACCAAUUUCAUUGAUAAAGCCCUAAUCAAUAAAUAUAACAAUACUGAUAUUGUGAACAUUAAUGAAAUCAAUGAUCUUGUGAACAUGAAUGAACUCAAUGAUUUGAUAAAAUUUAUCGAUGCCAAUAUCAAGGAAGUUGAAAAAAAGUUGAAUUCUGUGGAUGUUGAAGCCCGGGAGCAUGAUGGUAAUGAAAUUGAAGCUAUGACUAGAAUAGAGCAGCAUGAUGAUGUUGGAAAUGAACAAGGUUUCAUAAAUGGAGGAAAUAUGCAGGUUGAUGUUCAUGGUUUGGAUAGGAACAUGGGUUAUGAUAUCCAAAGUGAUUAUCAAUAUCUUCCAUGGGACUAUUCUGUAUUACCAUAUCAUGAUUAUAAUAUGGAUAGAGAUGGUCUUUGA